AUGCCUACUGAAGCUCAAGUUGCUGGCGGCCAUAAGGCUACCCUUAAUAACCCUAAAGUCAGCCAGGAAGCUAAGGAUCACUCCAAACAAGUAUUGGAGAAUGAGUUCAAUGGAGGUGAUGUGCCCAAGGCCGGCGAUGAUGAUAAUAAGAACCCAGGAAAUGUUGCGGGUGGGUUAAAGGCAACCAUCAACAACCCCAAAAUCUCUGACGAAGCCAAGCAAAGCGCCCAGGAUCGUUUGAACAAUAUGUAA